AUGACUAGUGAUCGAACACAAUCGUUGGACCAGCCGGUCCAUACCUUUGCCGGCCCAAUGUCCCAAGAGCAGCGAAUCCCGGCACCAGGAAACGAGAAGCAGGAUGUUCACAGCAGCAUCAACUCGCAACUCGUUUCGGAUGGUGAAGAUGAAGAAAACUGGAAGCCGGGAAAGCAGGAACUCAUUAUCAUGGGUACCAUGGCGGUUCUGUCCAUCGUCGUCUCGUUGGAUGCCACGAUCCUGGUUCCUGCUCUACCAACACUAGCACGAGAUCUCAAUGGAACGGCCAUCGAAACGUUUUGGACUGGGACAUCAUAUCUCCUGUCCAACGCCGUCUUUCUUCCAUUCAUCGGGGCGACUUCCGAGAUCUCCGGCCGGAGGGCGGCUGUGAUCUUUUCCCUCGUCAUGUUCACCGUGGGCACGAUCGUCUGCUGCACAGCUAACGAUAUGCGCCAACUACUCUCCGGCCGGACUAUUCAGGGUAUAGGAGGAGGUGGUAUUUUUGUUAUGGCCUCAAUUGUUAUCACGGAUAUCAUACCCCUUCGACAACGACCGCAGUUCCAGGGCAUCAUCGCCGCCGCAUGGGGCCUGGGAGCUGUCCUAGGGCCUCUCUGUGGUGGGCUUUUUGCUGAGCAUACAACCUGGAGGUGGCUGUUCUAUAUCAACUUCCCAUUCUGUGCCAUCGGGUUUGCCUGCGUGCCGUUCUUCCAACUUAAGUUGGUUAAGGAACGGUCAUGGGGUAAAGACCUCGGGCGUGUAGAUUGGGUCGGCGGUAUCCUCUUCAUCGCCGGGAUGACCACGUUUCUACUGGGAAUCACAUGGGGAGGUGUGCAAUACAGCUGGUCAUCCUUUCAGACAUGGCUUCCCAUUCUGUUGGGAGGCCUAGUAGUGAUUCUGUCACUUGUCUAUGAAGCCUUUGUCCCUUCUGAACCAUUCAUCCGCCUCUCUGUCUUCCACAACAUUUCUGCGGCUAUCACAUUCUUCCUCACGCUGGUGCAAGGCCUGAUCAUGUAUGCCGAGCUGUACUACCUUCCGUUCUACCUGACAUCCGUUAAGCAGCAGAGCCCAUCGAUUGCCGGCAUCUUCAUCAUGGCCGUCAACAUCAUCCUCUUCCCUGCCAGUAUUGCAGCAGGCGUGGCCAUGACGCGGUACGGCUCCUUUGUCUGGGUGAUCCGCGCAGGGUUCAUGGUGAUGGCACUCGGAAGUGGCCUGCUUAUCUACCUUGACGAGCACAAGUCCAUAGUGAGCCACCUAUUCGUAUUUCUAGUCUCGGGGAUUGGGCUAGGCUUCCUCCUUCCGUCACUGGAGACAGCCUCGCAGGCCAUCGCCCAGUCCCGCAACAUCACCCACGCCACGGCCAUGUACAUCUUCAUGCGUUCCUUUGGCCUGUGUGUCGGCGUCGCUACAGGUGGCACUGUCUUCAGCAACGUCUUCCUGAACACGUUGCAAGACCACGGGGUCCAACAGGCCAAGAUGAUAGCGGCCAACUCGGAGGCCUUCGCUGAGACCCUCAAGGACAUGCCAGCCUCACCUGAAAAGUCUAUGCUUCUUAGUUCCUACGUCUCUGGGUUCCACGGGGUUUUCUACUUGCUCUUGGCUUUGGCUGCCUUCUCUGCCAUCAUUGCUUUCUUCGUGAAACAUCAUGACUUGAACCAGAAACUUCAAUCGGGUCACCGAGUGCAGAGAGACGAGAAGGGUGCAGAAACGAGAGUAUGA